AUGAAGAGCCAGAUGAUCUCCAUGAAGGAGGGAUCGUCGUCGUCGUCGUCGUUGCUGCUGCUACCGCCAUCAUCAUCAGAAAAACCACAGACGGUCCUCGGACCGAAAAAAGCUGCCAUGACCGUUAGGAGCGUGACGAGGGAGGAGAUAAACAGGUAUUGGAGGAUGAAGAAGAUCGAAGAGGAGGAGCACCUGUUAGCAGCUCUGAAAGCAGCAGCUAGAAUCAGGGCAAGAGCUCUCCCGGUGUAUGUGAUUAGCGGGACGGUGGCGCAGUGGUAUUUUGAGAAGGAGGGGACGAAGCCGAGGAGGAGCAUUAGGAGUUCUAUGAGCCUCUUUGGUGUUGUCAUGAUGGCGAAGCUAUUGGCAAGGGAAAAGCCUAAAGAUGGAUUUUGGUUGGGUACAGGGUUGGGUUCAGGGUUGAUUUUAGGGUUUGGUAUGGGCUAUGACAUAUGUCACCCAAAUAGAGCGAGUGAUAGCGGCGUCUCUACCAAGUUUGGUACAGUGUGUUUCUCAGGAAUGGUAAUGGGUAUUAUAAGGGUGGUGCGUGCUAUAGUAGAUAGUGCGCAACAUGAAGAAAAUGCUUCUGGAUUUGUGAAUCUUAUUCUUAGUUGCUGUGCAAAGUUUUUGUUAUCAGCAGUUGACUUCGUCAAUAAGUUCACCAUAAAUUUUGCGGCAAUUACCGGCGAAUCUUACUGCUCUUCAGCAAAGAUGACAUAUGAGCUUCUUAGACGGAAUCUUCUCUCUCCUGUUUUUGUUGAGACAGUCUCUACCCGGAUCCUUGCUGGGAUUAUUUUUGUCAUCUCAACAUUAUAUGCAAUAGCGGUUUUCGCAAUCUUGAAGGCAUUCAGUACCCUUGAACUAGAAAUCUACCUUGUUGCCGCUCUAGCAUGGCUGCUGCUAAUUUUGGUGCUGGGUUACUUCGUCCAUGUAUUGGAUAACGUUAUCGAUACAAUUUAUGUGUGCUACGCCAUCGAUAGAGACAAAGGCGAAGUUUGUAAGCAGGAGGUCCAUGAGGUAUAUGUGAUGCUCCCAAUAAGUAGGAAUCACAGGGCAUCUUCCCUUGUCCAUAGAACUCCGCCAAUGAUUGUAUGAUUAUUUAGUCCUCUACCCAUUUGUCAUCCUGAGAUAACCUUUAUGGCUUUAUUAGGGAGUCCCUCCUGUAAUUUAUGUACUCCAUUUAGAGGGAAAUAAGCACACUCCUCCAUGGAGUGCCGGUAAGUUCAAGGUCUUGUACAUUUUGUAGAUUGUACAAAAAAAUUGUAAUUUUUGUUGACGUUCACUUCCUUUUAGCUGUAGGCAAACCAAGUAACAGAAAUUUAUGUGGUUUUCUGCACGUUGAAUGAAUGCGUUGCGUGACUGGACGGAGAGAUGUAGAAUGAAAGCAUACGUUGCUGUAAAGAAGUGAGGAAAUUUGAGUAGAACUAAUUUUGUGAGUGCUGUUCUGUUCUUU